AUGGGGCGUCCCGUGUCCCCCCCCCCGCAGACCGGGCCGGGCUCCCGCCGCUGCGGCCGCUGCCUCAUCACGUUCCCGGACGCGGCGUUCGCCGCCCGCCACGCCAAGCGGCAGCACCCGCGCGCCUUCGCCGCCGCCGCCCUGCGGGGGGCGCUCUUCGUCUGCUUCGUCUGCGCCCGCGCCUUCGCCUCCUCGCCCGCCCUGCUGCGCCACCAGCGCGGCCACGCCCCCCGCCCCGCCUCCCGCCACGCCCCCUCCCGCCGCCGGACACGCCCCCCGCGGGCCCCGCCCCGCCGCGGGGACACGCCCCCCCUGAGCUGCACGGAGUGUGGGCGGGGCUUCGCCCGCGAGGGGGGCGCUGCAACCGCCAUUACAUCCGGCACGCGCGGGGGGGAGCUCUGAGGGGCGGGGGCCUGGCGGGCAGGGGGCGGGGCAAUAAAGCGGCGGCGGUUUCUGA